AUGUUUGCCAGCAAGAGGCUGAGCAAGGUAUUUCUAUAUUCCUUCGGAGAGUCGAGAUGUAUCAUCCAUCCUAACGUGGCUAUACAGGAGCUUGUCAAGAUGCAGGGCUCCCUACCCCCCGGGAUCGCAGUCGCAAAGGCGGACAACCUAGAGCAGUGGGAGAUGGACAUUCGCGUGCUGGACGAUAAUCCAAUCUAUAAGGACGAGACGUACCGCUUGAAAUUUACAUUCAGCAAAAACUACCCCAUAGAAGCUCCAGAGGUUCAGUUCAUCUCCUUACCGCCGACAUCAGAGACACCGCGCCCAAUACCUAUGCAUCCCCACAUAUAUAGCAACGGAAUCAUAUGCCUGGAUCUGCUCGGUUCUGCGGGAUGGUCGCCCAUCCAGUCCGUUGAGAGCGUUUGCAUGAGCAUCCAGAGCAUGCUUACGGGAAACACCAAGAAUGAAAGACCACCAGGUGAUGAAGACUUUGUCAGACGAGAUACUCGCCGCCCACGAGAUAUCAGGUUUAUUUAUGAUGACCACACUGUCUGA